GAGCAUGUCGCCACUUGCAUGCGCGACACCUCUCACGCCGUGGAACCCGGUUCGGCCGCCGGCCCCGCGCGCACAAAAGGCCAGGGCGGGGGCCGACGCCUAGAGGCCGCAGAGCUACUCCCGCGGCAGGUACGCGCGCAUCGAUCGCCAGCUGAAAUUCACAGCAGCAUAGUAGGAGGAGCGCUAGGAAUUAAGGGGCACGACGGGGCCAUGGCCUCCGGCGCGGUGUGCCCCGCGUUCGCCUACACCAUCGUGUACGUGACGGACGUGGAGAAGGCGGCCGCCUUCUACGCCGCCGCCUUCGGCUCCGACGUCCGCCGCCUCGACCAGUCCCACAAGUGGGCGGAGCUGGAGAGCGGGGCGACGACGAUCGCGUUCACGCCGCUGCACCAGCGGGAGACGGACGGGCUCUCCGGGGAGGUGCAGCUGCCGGACGCCGCCGCGGCGCGGGGCCCCGUGGAGGUCUGCUUCGUCUACGCGGACGUCGACGCGGCGUACAGGCGCGCCGUGGAGCACGGGGCGGUGCCCGUGAGCGCGCCGGAGCAGAAGCCGUGGGGGCAGAAGUCCGGCUUCGUGCGGGACAUGGACGGGAACGUCGUGCGCAUCGGGAGCCACGUCCGCGAGUGAUCGAUCCCCCGGCUGCUUGCUGCUGCUUGCGACAUAGUAGCAGUAGGAAAAAUACGCUCGGCCGGCUACUAGUAUAUAUGUCAAAAUAAAUCGUGUAGCUGGAGAGGUUUAGGCGUCGAGGUACAUACUUGUGUGAAGACCAGUGUAGUAGUAGUUUAAUAAUAACAAAAAUAAAUCGUGAUCUCGAUCACCAGUGGG